AAGAAAAUUUGCGAUCUCACCGAUGGCAACUUUCGCGUAAUCAUAAAACUUUGUGUUGUAUCAUCAAAACGAAAAUUCCCCCCCUUGUUCCUUGGUGUCGUCACUCGUUUUCUGAUGAAAAUUGCGAAUCUCACGCCAAGCGUCGCCAUCGUCGUCGUCCCGCAAUGGUGUAGAAUAGCGCGCGAGCACGGCUUUACAUGGGUGACAACUGCAACGGCAGCCAGGAAGAUGCAAUGUCCUCAGCAGAAGCUCCGACGCCCGUGAGCAGCGAAUCGACGGUUCGAAGCAGCAGUCCCUGUCCUGUUCCUAGCACCACUGCGGACAUUUCGGACAGCCCUCCUCCGGCAAUAGUUGUACCUGCUGCUGCUGCGGGGGAAGUUUGUAGUAAUAGUAGCAACGGUACCAGUAAUCUCUGCGUUCGCAGCAGUUCGGCCACGUCCAACAUCACUGAUAAGUCGGACGAUAAUCUCGACUCGUGCAGCAAGUCGAGCGACAGUUGUGUUUUGGUAGCGGCCGCGGACGCAUCGUCGACGGGCUUGGCCGCCAAGCAGCAGAACAAAUCGCAGAAGAAUCUCGCCGAGCGGGCCAAGAAGACGCCGUGGUAUAAUGCGAUAUAUCCGUCGUACAAAUCGCGCACCGAGGACUUUAAGAAGCUGUUCCGGGAGAUUUCCAACACCGGGGACGACGAGCGGUUAAUUGUGGACUAUUCGUGUGCGAUCCAGAAGGACAUUCUGGUGCACGGGAGGUUGUACGUGACGCAGAACUAUCUGUGCUUUCACGCGAACAUAAUCGUCUGGGAGACGCGGCUGUCGAUCCGCUGGAAGGAGGUUACGUCGAUAACGAAGGAGAAAACGGCCCGGGUCAUUCCGAACGCGAUACUUGUGUGUACCGACAAUGAGAAGCACUUUCUCACCUCGUUUACGUCCCGCGACAAGACGUACUUGAUGCUGUUUCGCGUUUGGCAGAAUGCGUUGAUGGACAAACCGAUUAACCCGCAGGAACUGUGGCAGUGGGUACAUACGUGUUACGGCGACCAGCUUGGGCUGACCAGUGACGACGAGGAUUACAUCGAUCCGUACGACGACAAAACCGCCGAAGGUGGCUCCAUCUCCAAACAAUCUUCGGAAGAUUUACCAAACAAGGACCAGCUGUCCGACCCGGAAGCCGGCAUAAUAAUGGUGGUCCCAAAAGAAACGCCAUCGAAGCCGUCGAAGAAGAGUGCCGUGCAGACGCAGCUCUCGACCCAAUCUGAACUACUCCCCACGGACAUGUCCGACUCGACCGAUUCCGAACCCGAGGAGGAGUUCGUCAUUCCCGUGGUCGAGUGCAACUCGUUACAUUCCGGCCGCCAGCUGGUGCACACCAUCCUGCCGAUCAACGUGGACAUUCUCUUCGAGUUGCUCUUCUCCAAGUCUAAAUUCCUAACCGAGUUCCACAACUCCCGCAAAACAACCGACAUGAUCCACGGCGAGUGGAAGCUCAACAAGGACGGCCUCAAGGAGCGCGUCGUCUCGCUGACCAUCGCCAUCACGCAAACCAUCGGCCCACGCAGCGCCCUCGUCACCGAGACCCAGCUGAUGCGCGACUGCAGCAAACCCGGCGCCCUCUACUCGAUCGACGUGAACGCCGUCCAGGGUGGAAUCCCGUACGCGGACAGCUUCUACGUCACCCAGCACUACUGCCUCUCGCGCACCAAGGACGACCACACCGUCAUGUCGGUGCACGCCCAAAUCCACUACAAAAAGAACAUCUUCGGCUUCGUGCGUGGCUUCAUCGAAAAAAACACCUGGGUCGGCCUCGAGGAUUUUUACAACGCCCUGCUGCGCUCCCUCCAAAGCGAAUACUGCAUCCCUCCCGCCCGCAGUAAAAGUCGCCGCUCGCGCAAGCAAGCCCAAGCCCCACAACAGGUCAAAGUCCUCCUCGAAGAACCCAUCGCCCGAAGCACCCCCCUCCCGAACCCAACGUCCUACUCCCGCCGCAGCAUCAACCCCAAACCCCCCUCCUCCACCUCGCACACCUUUUUCUCCUGGUUCGUGGUCAUUCUCCUGGUCAUCCUGCUAGCCAUCAACGUCGCGCUCUACCUUAAGCUGGUCAACCUGGAGGGCGAAAAUCGCUCGCUCCUGAAAGGCGCCACCAGCGCCGCCGCCGACGUCGACCGGAAGAUUCUCAAAAACCCGCCCCAAUCCCACAAGGACUGGCUUGCCCUGCUCCACGAGCAGGAGGCGUUCCACGCGCAGGAAAUGAUCAAGUGGCAGCACGUGCUCCAGACCGUUACCGAUCUCCUGAAGAAAGUUAGCAGCAUUUGCGAAAAUAUUCCCAGAAAUGUUAGUGUUAGCAGUGGUGAUGUUGGUGGUGGUAGCAAAGAUGAACUUUAGAAAACUCUGUGUAUUUUAGCAUGUAGAAGAUGUUUGUGAGCAACAAGAAAAAAAAAAAAACAGUAUAUGAAGCAUAUAUAAAACCUAUAUAAUAGAGCGCACUUCCGAAGAGGAA